ACAAGAUCCCCGAGGCACUAGCACCAGUACCAGCACCAGCACAGCCCAUCCUGCACAAUAGAAUAAGAGCCACUGCUAAGUUUAUAACAAAAGGUCGUAAAGAAUGGCAAACCCUAGGCGAAAUUCCUACUCUACCAACCAAAGCGUGGACGGCUCAUUUCAGUCUCAGACCCAAAGCUCGUCUUCACUCUCAUCUUUGAAGCACUUACUGAAAAAACCCCAUGCAUUACCUUUUCUUCUAUUGUUGCUGCUGUUGCUGACAUGGGUUUCACUCAGAUUGCAGUAUUCUUCUCGUUUUCGGCAUCAGCAAUUGGGCCAAGAUGGUCAUGGCGAUGACGAUUCUAAGGCCAAUCUUGUCAGAUUCAAAUCUGGGCUACCCUCAGCUAUUGUCAAGGACAAGCGUGGCUGGCUGCUCGACCCGGUCUCUCUUGCGCUUCAGUUUGGCGUCAGAGGUCUGAUGCUAACAAUCUUAGGUGGAGCGGUGUCUUGUUCUCAAGUACACAUUGGUGAAAUUCGACGUGGUGAUAUUAGGGGAAAUCACAGACACUAUUCCUGUAAUGAAACAUUUGUCAUUUGGGGGGCGAAGACAAAAUUCAGGUUGGAAAAUAAUCAGAUGGAUGGUAGAGGUUAUGCUGAAGUGACAAUUGGGGAAGACGAAGUAGUUGUUGCAGCUAGCCCAAGUGGAACAGCCCAUGCUCUAGUAAAUGUAGAUGCCUUGCGCAACACAUACUUUGUGGGUUGCCAAGAUGGUAUGGUGAAGUCUAAUAGCUCAAAUACUGAUUUUAACGUCUGGAAAAAUCUUUGACUCUUUACUUUGUUCCUUAACUUUCAACUGGAAUCCAUAAUUUUUUCUUUUUUCUUUUCUUCCCGGGGAUUCUAAAAAUUCUGAAAUGGUAUAUACCUGUAAGUAUCUCACCACUUCUGUAGUUCAGUGGUGGCUCUUUGCUCAUUGUUUCAUUCUUAUUUUUAUGAAACUUUGGUCCACUUCUGGAUGUCUUAUAAUCAAAAUUGAGACGAUUUGAUGGUU